CCCUGCUGUAAAGGCCAAAAACUCACCGCCAGCACCGCACAAAUGCUGAUGCGCGCGAUUGUUGCUUUGCAGCUCGCGGCGGGCAUCGCUGCGGCGCCGCAGACCACAACAGAAUGGCUGCGCAGCGAGGCGGGAAGCGUCUGGACCAGCAUCACCACAGACCCAUUUGUGCACCAGCUCGCCGACGGGACGUUGCCGAACGCGACGUUGGCGCGGUAUUUAGUCCAGGAUCAUAAAUUUGUGGAUGCUUUCAUGGUUUUGCUCGCGAGCAUGGUGGCCCACGCGCCGACGCUCGAGGACCGCGUGCCGGGCGCCAGAUUUCUCGGCCUGAUCGCCGGCGACGAGAACAGCUACUUCCUACGCUCAUUCGACGCGCUCGGCCUGUCGGAAGCCGAAAUAAAUGCGCCGCCCGCACCGGUCACGAAGCGCUUCGACGCCCUGAUGCGGAGCGCGGCGGCCUCGGGCAAGCUCCACGAGAUGCUCGCCGUUUUAGUGGUAGCUGAGUGGAGCUACCUCACCUGGGGCGAAGCGGCAAAGCCCGUCGCCGGCCUCUCGUGGCUCCACCUCGAGUGGAUCGACCUGCACCGCGGCGACUACUUCGCGAGCGUCAUCGCGUACCUGCGCGGCCAGCUCGACGCGCUCGAGCUGACGGCGGCGCAGCGUGGCGAGGCGCGGGCCGCGUUCCUCGAGGCCGUCGCCUGCGAGAAGGCGUUCUGGGAGAUGGCCCGCAACGGGGAUGGUGGCGGCGAGCUCUGA